GGUUUUUCUAAGCUAUACCCCUCAGGUUUCUUGAAUUCUCAGCUGUACCCUGCUUUUUGAAAAUUCCCAGCUGUACCCUCCACCUCACAUUUUGUAACGUACAGUAACCAAUACGUAUUCUAGACUUAACAGAUGUAGGGGAUGGUUAACGGCGUUUAUUAAAAAAAAAAAACUUAUAAAAAAAAUAUGUAAAAAAAAACCCAAUUAAAAACCCUUUCAAAUUCUCGUAUCUUGAUCAAACUCUCACCUCACUCUGUUCUUAGGUCAUCUGAGACGAUCAUCCGAAAACCAAAAACCCUUGAUUUUUCCACUUAUUUUCAUAAUCAAAGGUGGCGCUUUUCAUCGGGUUUCUACAAUUGUGUUUCAAGGUUGAAGUAGCUGGUCGAAUUUAGAGUAAGAGAAGAGUGGGUAGGUGCAGUUCAUGUUCAUCAAGCAAAAACCAAAACUUUCGAGUCAUAAGAAUGGGUGAAAGGUUGUUGAAAUUGAAUUUUCUGGGUAAAACUGUUGAUAUUAAGGUUGAUGAUGUUGAUCGGUGCUUGCUUAUAGAUGUUAUUAAUGAAAUGGUUGAUAAAUUUAACUCUAGAGGGUAUGAACUUCCCAAAUAUCCUGUGCUAAGUUAUUGUACUGCACAAAAAAGCCAUGCAUUAACUGAUGAUAAAACACUAAUGAAAAUGUUUGAGGUAGUUGAAGGAGCUACUAUAUAUAUAUGGAUUGGGUGUUCAAACAAAGCCAAUUUCAUAUGGACAUUAGCUGAGAAGGUUAGGUUGGGUAAAACCAGUGAGAAUGUUGUUGAACCUGGAGCAUCAAAACCCCCAUUAGCUAAGCUACCUCCUAAAAGGGCCAAGCCCAAUGCUUUCAAAAUGGCCCAAAUUUCAGAUUCUCAUAACACACCAGAGUCCCCACCACAUGUUGAUUUGUCCCUUAACAGUCCAGUGAGGAAAAGCCCAAGAAUGAGUUCUCCUAAGUCAGCUGAACCACCCUUACUCAAAUCUCCUGCCCAAUCCCAAUUAAGUUCAACUUUUACAAGCCCAAGAAGAAGCCCAAGGUUCAUCCAACCUUUAAACAACCAUCCAAUUUCAGUUUUGACCCAAACAAAUUCUACUUUGACCCAAACUGACCCUAUUCAGUCCCAAACUCCCACCUUACAGUCUCAAAGUAACCCAGUUUCAAAAAACACACUUCUAAAGCCUGUCCCAUUCCCACAUGGUAAAAAGGUCCCUAAGUCAACACUAAAAUGGAAGGGUUUGUGGGUGCCCCCUGUUCAUACACAAGGUACCAGCAAUGUUUCUGAGAUGAAUGUGUCAAUAAGGUCAACUAGAAAGAGGUGUAGGACAAGGGUUGAAACUGAAAAUUGUGAAAUGGGUAAUGAAGGUAUUGGUGGUUUACAUAUCAGUGACUCUGAUUCUGAUGGUGAAUAUGAACCUGAAGGUGCUGAUGAAGGACAGUCUGAAAGUGAUGACAGUAUGGACUAUGAGGAGGGUGACAUUAAUGACCUUCUGAAUCAGAAUUAUGUGGAUGGUGGGUGGGAACUAUUUAGGACAAAUGAAUGGGUUUGUGAUGAUGAGUCAUACAUGAAUAGGUUGUAUAUGAAUGGAGAAGUAUUUGAGGAAACAGAGUUUGGUAAUAUUAAGUUGAAGCCUUGGCAGUUGUUUGUAGACAAGGAUCAGUUUAGGGAUGUGUUGAGAGAUUUCUGUAUACAGGAGGGAUUUUCCUUAGUUGUAAGAAGGGCAGACAACUUCAGAUACACUGCAGAGUGUGCAGAUGAAAGGUGUAAAUGGAGGAUUCAUGCUGCAAGGUUAGCUAAUAAUCACACAUGGGCUAUAAAAAAGAUCAGGAAAGGUCAUUCAUGUGAUUUGAAUCUUGUUAAUAACCCCAUGUGCAAUUGUGAAUGGGCUGCAAGUAAACUACUUGAGGAUAUUAGAGCUAACCCUGAUAUUAAGGGAAAGACUUUAAAUUCCUUGUUGUGGGAGAGGUAUGGGCUUACUAUGGCCACCUCUACUCUUUAUAGAAUGAAAGGGUUAGCAAUGAAGGUAAUACAGGGGGGGCAUGAUGAAUCAUACAAUGAGUUGCCCAAGUACUGUGAGCUGUUGAAGGGAGCUAACCCAGGUUCUGUUGCUUUUUGCUGUUGGAAAACUAUCCAUGAGCCUGAGAGGGCUUUGCAAUUCUCAUCCAUUUUUAUCAGCUUUGCUGCACAAUUUAGGGGAUUGAUAAGUGGUUGCAGGGGGUUAGUAGGUGUAGAUGGGUGUCAUUUAAAAGGAAACUAUGGUGGCAUAUUGUUGUCUGCUGUUUCCCUAGAUGGGAACAAUGAGAUCUUUCCUGUGGCUAUAGCUGUUGUGGACUCUGAAAACAAGACCAGUUGGACCUGGUUCUUCCACCACUUGAAACAAAUUUUGACAGCAGAAGGGAGAACUGACUGGACUAUCAUGAGUGAUAGACAGAAGGGAGUGGACCCAUCUUUGGAUGCUGUGUGGCCUAAGGUGCCAAGGAGAUAUUGUGCAAGACACCUCUGCAAAAACUUCAAGAAAGACUACCCUGGCUUAUUAAUGCAUAAGCUUUUUUGGACAGUCACCAAUGCUUACUCUGAGUACACUUUUAGGAAGGCUUUGAUUCAAUUACAGAAGCAUGCUGGGUUAGGGGCAGUGAAGUGGUUUCAAGAAGUUGGACCACUUGACAGGUGGACCAGAUGGAAGUUUGACCCCAGUUUGAAAAGUGAUGAGAACACAAAUAAUUUUGUGGAAAGUUUUAAUAGUACAAUUGGAGUGGAUAGAACUUAUCCUAUUUUAACAUUACUGGAAGGAGUGAGAAGAAUAGCCAUGGUCAAACAUGCUACCAGGCAGCAGCUUGCAGACCAGUGGGAAGAUGGCAUAUGUCCAAGCAUUAGGCAAAGACUGAGGGUUCUGACUAAGGAUAGUAGGGUCUGCCAAGCUUACCCUUCUGGCAGAGGCAAUUAUGAGAUACAUGAUGGAAGAGCUAAGCUACCAGUUUCCAUUGCUGCAAGAAAAUGUGUAUGUGGGAGAUGGCAAUUGAGUGGCAUCCCAUGUAAGCAUGGAAUCAAAGCCAUAUUACAUGAAGGAAAAGACCCAGUUAACUAUGUGAGUGACUGGUUCACUUUAGCCAGGUAUAGACAAGCUUAUAGUGGCAACAUCUCACCUAUUCCUGAUCCAGACCAAUGGACACACAUUGAAGGUGUACCUAUUCUAAUCCCUCCAACAAUGAAGAGAAGCAUAGGAAGACCUUCAAGAAAUAGGAGGAGAGAGGAAGGGGAGCAAAGAAAAGGAAAAAGGAGUGCAACUGUCCAAUGCAGCAACUGCAAAGCAUUUGGACACAACACUCAAACUUGAAAGGGUGGUCCUACUGCCAGGGAGGUUGCAGAACAGCAAGGAAAGACAAUGCCAAAAAAGACUGACUACAAGGGAAAGAAAGCUCAGAAAGCACAAGCACAGGCCAACAAUGAUCUUGAUUUUGCACUAAUUGAAAGGAUGAUUCAGGCUGGAUGUGAUGCAGGAAAUGGAGGUACAACAAACAACAAUCAUUAUCAGCAAUGUGGUUCAUCUUCCCAACCAGUAGGUGCAUCUGUCAGUCAACCAUCAGUUGCAUCUGUCACUCAACCAUCAGUCAACAACCAAAGGGUCACAUCUCCAAAACAAGCCAAGAUAUUGAAGAGGCUUGAAUCACUUCAGUAAUUACUGCAGUUCAGUCUUAUAUUUGAAGAGGCAAGAAUGAUGUAUUUUGGGCAAAGAUGGAUGUAAUGAACUGUUAGGAUAAGGCAGGCUGUAUUUUUUUUUUUGGGAAAACAUGUAAUUUUUUGGCUAUCAAAUUGUAAACCUGUAACCAGGCUAUUUUUUGGGGUCGUAAUUGUUUUUUAGUCACAAACAUGAACUGAUUACUUUUGCUAUAUCAUUAUAUAUGACCUGAUUUCAGUUCCUUAAUAGUAUGUCAUUUGUGUAGUUUUAUUUGCAAAGUAUCAACUUAAAUUGCAAAGUAUCAACUUAAAUUAAUGCAGAAAUUUAUAUAUAGACUGAGAAUUCAAGUUUAUUAAUAUGCCAAAAGGAUCAGUCAACAAGAUACCAUACAUAUCAACUAAUAACAACCCCAAUUAAAGAGCAAACCUUUACAUUUUCAUUACAAUAACAGCCAACACAAACAUAAUCACCCCAAUUUUAAUCAACCCCAAUUUGAAGGCACCCUCAGUAACUUUUUUCCUUAAAUCCGCUAUUUCAUGCUUCAACUCCAUUAUCGCAACAAUGUCAGAUCUACCACCCACACCUUGUGGGGCACGCUGUCCUCUCCAAAUCAUGGUUUCAGGCCCCCCCAUUUGAAAAAUCUGCAAAAAUCGCACCUCCAAUACGCCUUCCUAGGGUUCCUUGUUGAAGUAGAAACGUGCAACUUGCAAUCCAAAGGAGGCCUACAAUUGCAUUUGGGGCUGAUAAAAUCCCAUUCACUGGUUGAUAUAAAUGAACACCUAGAGUUCGCCAUUAAUUACAAGAAAAAUGGUGAAGAGGGAAGGAGUACAGAAGAAAUGAA